UCCUCCUCUGGCGUCACGUUCACUCCUCUACAAAAGCUUCAUGGAGACACUGGAGCGACCGGGCACGAGCAGCGGCGGUUGUCCUGGGUGUCGGCGAAAGGGCUAAACGGAGGCGAAAUGAGGGCUUUCGGUUUGGUUUUGAGGUCCGCGAGCAGCCUGGUUGCCCGGCAACAAUCACGGAGGGCGAUGUGCGCUUCCGCAUCGCCCAGCAGAAAGUAUGAUCCAGGCUUCGGCUUGCUGUUCGACAUCGAUGGGGUUUUGGUGCGGGGAAAGACGCCCAUCCCGGCGGCCAAAAAAGCUUUUCACAAGCUGGUGGACUCUAACGGCCAGUUCAUGGUUCCUGUGGUUUUUGUCACAAAUGCUGGGAACUGUCUGCGGCAAAAGAAAGCCGAUCAGCUGUCUCACAUACUGGAGGUUCCCAUAACCCAAGAUCAAGUCAUGAUGUCUCAUAGUCCUCUGAGAAUGUUCAGGAAAUAUCAUGACAAGUGUGUGCUGGUAUCAGGCCAAGGCCCAGUGCUGGACAUUGCCAAAAACUUGGGCUUUACCAAUGUGGUCAGUAUCGAUAUGGUAAGAGAAUCAUUCCCCCUGCUGGACAUGGUGGAUCAUAACCGACGACCAAAAGUGCCGUCCGCUCCUAUUGUGAACCUCCCUAAAGUUGAAGCUGUGAUCCUCUUUGGAGAGCCAGUUAGAUGGGAGACCAACCUGCAGCUAAUUAUCGAUGUUUUACUGACUGGUGGGAAUCUGAGUAAUGUGUAUGAAAGUUCCCACUCCUCCCACCUGCCUCUCUUAGCAUGUAACAUGGACCUCAUGUGGAUGGCAGAAGCCCAGGCUCCAAGAUUUGGUCACGGCACAUUCAUGGUGUGCCUGGAGAACAUCUACAAGAAGAUCACAGGCCAGGAGCUGAAGUACGAGGCCCUGAUGGGGAAACCCAGUGAGCUGACUUAUCAUUACGCUGAGUAUCUGAUCAGAACACAGGCUGCAGAGAGAGGCUGGAGAUCACCAAUCACGUCACUCUACGCUGUUGGGGACAACCUCAUGACGGACAUCUACGGUGCCAAUCUCUACAACCGCUACCUCGAGGAACGGCUGGCCAGGAAGAGUGGCAAAGCCAUGCAACAAGCUCUGACCGGCACAGGAGCGUCUGUCUCUCAGGACGAGGACACGGACAACGACUGGGAAAGCGAGUUAGCGUCUCCGUCUGCCACGUCCUGCAAGUCCAUCCUGGUGUGUACAGGCGUGUAUAACCCGCACAUGGAGCUGCUCAAAGACACCAACCAGUGCAUCAAAGAGACUGUGUUCCAUGGACACCGCGACUUCCGCUUCGAGCCUGCAUUGAUCGAGCCGGGCAGCGUCGUCCAGGAUGUCCAUGCUGCUGUCGAACUCAUUUUCGAAAUGGAAAAAUUUGCAACGGAGGUUUAGUCACAUGAAAACACUGAAUACAAGAAGAUCAAACUUCUACUCUCUUGCCAUUUUUAGGAACUUUAUUUCAGUAAAUAUCUUGUAGUUAUAAGGACAGAUGAUGAAUAAGUCCAUAAAGCACAAUGCUUGAAGACACUGUGGUAUUUUAGACAUAUAUACCAGAUAAAUAGACAUGAUAUUAGGCGUACAAGACUGUAAUGUCACUUCAGGACCAUCUAAUUAGAUGAUUUUCCUUUGUUUGUGUGUUUUUCAACACAGUUUGCCACAUGAAUUGGUCAUUUUCUCAUUUUACAGUAUGUUACUGCAAAGUUUUUUCCCCCCAAAUUUGCAGUAACUGAGAAAAAACAAGCAGAGGCCAACUUUAUAAUUUCUGUUAUAAUGCUUAAAAGAGUAAAUGAGCCAAAAAUCAAAUCAAAUAGGUCAGGUGGUUGCAUUUAUUUUAAAGGUGUUACCUUUAUUUUAUUUUAUUUUAUUUUUUUCAAAUUUACCAAAUAUUUUAAUCCUGAGAAAAUUAUUAUUAUUAUUAUUAUUAUUAUUAUUAUUAUUAUUAUUAUUAUUAUUAUUGUUAUUAUUAUUAUUAUUGUUAUUAUUAUUAUUAUUAUUAUUAUUAAACCAGCAAUUGGUCAAGAAAUGUCUCUUUUAAAUUUACCAUUACAAUUGACCCAUACAUCUUUGUUUUUUAAUCUUAUUAUAAGCUGAGAUUUAUAUUGUGUACUGUUUAUAUUGUGUACUGUUAAGCUCCCUAGGUUUUACUAUAUUUGUAUUUCAUUUAUUAACUUAUUGUUACAUUUCUGCACUACUGGAAGGUCAGUUGAGGUUGCAGAUCUGUUCUGUGUGUUUGUGGAUUGUCCAAGCACAUCACUGAAUUAUUAUGGUCUCACUUUUUUUUUUUACAGUGCCUUACACAGCUGAGAGACUUGUGGUAUAAACAGUUCUGCUCUCUUGCACAUUGUAGUGGCAUGAAAACUAUUAAUUAAUCUCAUUUUAUUGUUUAUACAUGAUGUUGAUAAUAAAGCUAAACAUUCAAAUCAAACCUCAAGGCAGUUGACCUCAUAGCUAAAUAGUAAAGGCACACAGAAAAAGCGCUACCACUGGAACAGAGCUGCAUGUACGAUGAAUUUCUAUUCUGUUCAGAACUGUUCAAGGUAUUGAGAAAAAUGAAAUGGUAAUAAAAUGGUAUUUCACUCAAGCAUAAA